GGGGCGCUUCCUCUUUGGAAGCGUGGCUUCAGAGGAACCGGGACGGGCGGCGGGGGCAGCUCUCCUAGGUGCGAUCCUGAGGCUUGGGGAGGGCAGCUGUCGAGCCGUUGGGCGGCCUUCCCGGCCCUUCUGCGGCUGCUUCUCUUGCUCCCGGCGUCCUGUAGCGGCAGUGUCAGCGCCAUCUAUGGGCACCCCCCUCCUCUUCCACCCAAAUUUUGGCACUGUGAGGGGAAGGAAGGAGGGGAGGAGACAGUGAAAGGGGCUGUAAACUAUUUCGAAGCCUCCUCCUCCUCCGGUGAAAGCGCGCCGCCUGUGUUUACCCAGGCUCAAGUAAGGCUGAUGGGGCAAGAAGCGAGACAGGCACUCGCUGUUGGCCAAGAGAGGAAAUUCCCACCCGUCCGGCGGGGAUGAAGUGUCGCGGCCUCAGAAGCAGCCAUCUGGGACGAAGGAGUUCGUGGCCCGAGAGUCAUGGCCAGCAGCAGGACCAAGAGCUGCUGCCAGGACGGGGACGACGAAGAAAAGAAAGAAGCCGCCCUCAAGAAACUGAUCGUCCGGCUGAAGAACGUCCAGGAGGGCAAGCAGAUCGAGACCCUCGUCCAAAUCCUGCAAGAUCUCCUCUCCUUGGCCUCGCUACCAUGCGGUCCAAAGUUAUUCAGUGGCAAAAAUAUCCACGUGCCUUUGUUGCUGGUUUUGGUUUCUUACAUGAGAUCAGCGAGUGUACAACAGGUUGGUUGGGAAUUUCUUUGCAAACUUAUUGAAGUUUGUCCAGACACUCUUCAUAACUUAGCCACUCCUCAAGGUGUUGGAAAGGACUGGGAAGUACUUGGUGUUCACCAGCAUAUUCUUAAGAUGCUUAAAAUCCACAAUGCGAGCAUACUCCUGUCAACAACUGGCCUUAAAACAUUAAACCUGCUUCUUUCUUCAGAUGAAAUAACACUUCUUCUUUUGGAAGAAGGGACGGAUGUAUUUCUAUUGAUAAUUGAUGCCAUGGAGAGUUAUUCUGAUAAUGAAAAGAUCCAGCAAUAUGGAUGCAAAGCUUUGCACCUACUUUUAGAAAAAGUUCCAGAGGAGCAGCUGAUUGAAUUUAUUGAUGACAAGGAUUAUAUGAUCCUACUAAAUGUGUUUAAAAAAUUCCCUGAGAAAGAGGAACUAGUCCAUCUUGCGCUUCUGUCUUUAUCUUUACUGGCUGGACCAUCUAUCAAUGUGGAAAUUCUGAUGUCUGGAAAUGUGAGGUGUUACAGGAUUGUAGUUAAGAUGAUGAAAGCAUUCCCCAAGAGUGAACCAAUUCAGGAAGUGAGCUGCUGCUUGCUGCACAAACUUACACUAGAAAACUUUUUUGAAAUCCUGGUAGUGAAUGAUGUUCAUGAAGUCAUUUUGAAAGCUGUUGAAAGGUACCCUGAGAAUGCCAAGCUACAAGCAGCAGGCCUCAGUUGCUUGGCUCGCCUUACGGAAACAAUAUUUUUAAUGAGAGUCUUGGAAGGAGAAGAGGAAGAGGAAGAAAAAUUAUAUUGGCUGGAAGCCUCCUAUAAAGCACUAAAAUGGCACCGAAAAAAUGAAAAUGUUCAAGAGGCUGCAUGUUGGGCUUUGAACAAUCUGUUUAUAUACCAGCACAGUCUUCAUGAGAAGAUUGGAGAUGAAGAGAAGAAGUUUCCAGCACACAGAGAACUGAUGCUAGCCAUGUUGAUGCAUUCUUCCUCAGCAUUUGUAUUCCAAGCAUCUGCAAAUGCCUUGGCAACACUAUUGGAGCAAAGUGAGAGUAUUAGAACUGUUCUAUUGGCAAAAGGAAUACAUGUGAAUGUGUUGGAAAUGAUGAGAAGGCACCCCUACUCCCUUGAAGUCACAGAAGCUGCUUGCAAACUGCUGAAUCGUGCUUUUGAAGGAAGUUUCCCCCCUCUGGAUAUAAUGACAGCAGCUGCUUUCAGUGUUGCAAAAGCCAUGCAGAAGUAUAAAAUGGUUGAAUCAGUACAACUGGAGGCACUGGGAGUUAUUUCACAUUUUAUGGCUCCAGGGACACUGAAAAAACAGCAAAACAGCCCAUUAGGGGAAGAUGACUUGGUGAAGUUAAAAAUUAUUAAAAACCAGUGUUUGUUAGAAGGGACUCAUUCACUCGUUCUUGAUGCUCUCAACAAGUUUAUUUGGAAUCCUGGCAUUCAGAAAUGUGGAUUUCAAAUACUUUGCUCUUUAAUGGCGUGCUCAGGUGUGCUAGAAAUGCUAUCCCAACAAGGAAUGACAGAUACUGUGCUCCAUACACUGCUGCAGCAUCCUGAUGAUGAAGAAAUACAUUGCUUAGGUUUAAAACUUCUGGGACCCAUGAUUACAAGAAAGAGCUUGUGCAUUGCAACUAUGCAUUUCCUGGCAACAAUCCUGGUUUUGGCUUUACGACGCUUUAAAGAUAUUGUUGAAAUACAGGAACAUGGAUUUUCCAUAAUUAUAACAAUCCUUGACCUUUCACCUUGCUUUGCCAAGUUGUUAAUACAGGAAUCAUUUGACACAGCAAUUUUCUAUCAGAUGUCCAUGUGUUUCACUGAACAAAGAGACCAGCAGUUUCAGAGUCUUUGUUGCAAGUGCUUUGCUAGAAUAGCUGACAACGAUGAUUUAAAAAACCUGAUGCUGGAGAAAGCAUGUGCUGAGCACAAUACCAUUAUGGCUGAAUGCUUGCUGUUGCUGGGAGCUGAUGUGAAUAAGAACACAAAGACAAACUCUUUAAUUUAUCAAGUUUGUGAGAAAGGGGGCAAUCCUAAGUUGCUAAAACUACUUCUUAAGAGUGGUGCUCGAGAACAAGAUGUCCGGAGUGCUUUAACAGUCAGCAUCAAGAAAGGAGAUAGCCAGUUCAUUAGUCUGAUCUUAAAGAAGCUUAGUCUAGAUGUAGCCAACAGCAGCAUCUGUCUUGGAGGAUUUGGCAUUGGUAGAAUUGAACCUUCCUGGCUGAGCCCUUUAUUUCCUGAAAAACAAGCAUCCUUCAAGAAACAAACAAGUGCAGGUUCUGCAUUGGCUAGGAUGGUGCUUAGAUACCAAAGGACAAGCAACUAUGAAGACCAGUCAAGAUCCAGUUCUGAUGUAAACAGCUGCGAUGAUGCAAUGGAAAAGUGUGAUGACUGGACAGUCCUACCGGACCCUUUACUUGACAACGUUUUCCAUUUGAGUGAUGAUAGUGAAGAGAGUGAAAGCUCAGUUCUUAUGAAGAAGAAAUCCAAUUCUGUGGCAGUUGGAGAUCUCCAGAAUGACACAGCUUUGAAAUUGCUUCCUCCUACCCUGCCAAGGCAUUCAAAGUCUGUGGGAGCUGGAUCACAGUAUGGAGCAAGGAAUCAGGGAAGAAAAAUCCCUUCAGAAGAAUUUCAUAGAGGCAUCUCUACAUUCCAAUCAAACAUAAAGCGAUCAGACAGUUUCUCUUCAUCGAUCUCUGACAAGGAAUAUAUUAAGUCGCUAGACCUUUCAUCAAAUGAGCUGGAGGAUAUAGAUGGCAUCAGUCAGAGCUCAUCCUUAACUACUCACUUGGAACACCUUGAGAAAUUAGAGCUGCAUCAAAACUCUCUUUCAUGCAUACCAGAAAAACUGUGUGAGACCUUGAAAUCUUUGACUUGCCUGGAUCUUCACAGUAACUUGUUCACAUCUUUUCCUGCCUAUGUGUUGAAAAUGCCACAUAUAGCACACCUUGAUGUUUCACGCAACGACAUUGGUCCAUCCUUAACUGUGGACGCAAAGAUUGUCUGUCCCACCCUAAAGCUACUGAACUUAUCAUACAACCAGUUAACAUGCUUCCCUGGCUUUCUUGCCAGUGUUGCUGAAAAGCUGGAGCACCUUAUAUUAGAAGGUAACAAACUCUCGGGUAUAAUGUCACCUAUAUGUCUAAAAGAACUGAAAGUUCUUAACAUUAGUAAGAAUGCUAUAACCUCACUUGGUGAGAAUUUUUUAAAAGAGUGUUUGAAACUGGAAAUACUCAAUGCUGGGAUGAAUUUACUUGAUUCCAUACAUGACUUGCCAUCCAACAUAACAACAUUAAAAUUAUCUCAGAAUAAUUUUUCCUGUGUUCCAGAAUCAAUUCUACUUCUUCCGCAUUUGCGCUCAGUGGAUUUCAGCAACAAUAAAAUUAAAAUUCUACCUGGGCCCAUACACUGGAAAUCCUCUAAUUUAAGAGAAUUACUUUUUAAUCAUAAUAAGAUAAGCUUUCUAGACUUGAAUGAAAAAGCUUUCUCAUGGUCUCGGCUUGAAAAGCUACACCUAUCCAACAAUAAGCUAAUAGAGAUUCCUCCUCAGAUUGGCUUCCUUGAUAACUUGACAUCUUUUGAUGUAAGUUACAAUUCAGAUUUAAGAUGCUUUCCCGAUGAAAUGGGAAAGCUCUCCAAAAUCUGGGACCUUCCUUUGGAAGGGCUGCAUCUUAACUUGGACUUCAAACAUGUGGGAUGCAAAGCCAAGGAUAUUAUAAGGUUUCUUCAACAACGUUUAAAGAAGGCUGUCCCUUAUAACCGGAUGAAACUCAUGAUUGUGGGAAACAGUGGCAGUGGUAAAACUACACUGCUGCAACAGCUAAUGAGAUGCAAGCGACCUGACUUGGGAAUUCAGAAUGCUACAGUUGGAAUUGAUGUGAAUGACUGGAGGAUUCCUGUGAAGGGCAAAGUAAAGAAAGAACUAGUAUUAAAUGUCUGGGACUUUGCAGGACAGGAGGAAUUCCACUGCUCUCACCCCCACUUCAUGACCCAGAGAGCUCUGUACCUUGCUGUCUAUGACCUUAGCAAAGGAGAGACUGAAGUGGAUGCUAUGAAGCCAUGGCUGUUUAAUAUCAAGGCCAGAGCAUCAUCAUCACCUGUGAUCCUCAUUGGUACUCAUGUGGAUAUCUCUAGUGAAAAACAGCGCAAAGCUUGCAUCAGUAAAAUUGCCAAUGAACUGAUGAAUCAGAGGGGCUUUCCAGCAAUCCGAGACUGUCAUUUUGUGAAUGCUACAGAAGAAUCUGAUGCUAUGGCCGAACUUCGAAAAACCAUUAUUAAGGAGAGCCUGAAUUUCAAAAUCAGAGACCAGCCAGUGGUUGGGCAGUUAAUUCCAGACAGCUAUUUGGAACUUGAGAAGAGAAUUUUGGAGGAGCGCACCAACGUUCCAACUGAAUUUCCUGUGAUCGACCAGAAACGGUUGUUGAAAUUGGUGCAAGAAAGCAACUUGCACUUGGAUGAAAAUGAGCUUCCCCAUGCUAUUCACUUUCUGAAUGAAUCAGGUGUUCUGCUCCAUUUUCAAGAUCCAGCACUUCAGCUAAGAGAUUUAUAUUUUGUUGACCCAAAAUGGCUGUGUAAAAUCAUGGCACAGAUCUUAACAGUGAAGGCUGAAGGCUUUCCUAAGUACCCAAAGGGAAUAAUAAAACGCUCUGAUGUAGAAAAAUUCCUGCUAAAGAAAAGCAGAUUUCCAAAGAUUUACAUGUAUCAGUACUUCAAGCUUCUGGAGAAGUUCCAGAUUGCACUGCCACUAGGAGAAGAUCAGCUCCUCGUUCCAAGCAGCUUGUCAGAUCACCGACCUGUAAUAGAGUUACCUCACUGUGAAAACUCAGAAAUUAUCAUUAGACUGUACGAGAUGCCAUAUUUCCCAAUGGGUUUCUGGUCGAGGCUAAUCAACAGGUUGCUUGAAGUGUCUCCUUACAUGCUUUCAGGAAGAGAACGAGCUCUUCGCCCUAACAGGAUGUACUGGAGACAAGGCAUAUAUUUGAACUGGUCCCCAGAAGCCUAUUGCUUGGUGGAAUCAGCAGUUUUUGAAAAUAACCAAAACAGUUUCCUAAAAAUCACUGUGCCUUCUUGCAGAAAAGGUUGCAUCCUCUUGGGGCAAGUUGUUGAUCACAUUGAUUCUCUUAUGGAAGAAUGGUUUCCUGGCUUACUGGAAGUAGAUGUAUGUGGUGAAGGAGAAACACUCUUGAAAAAAUGGGCAUUGUAUAGUUUUGAGGAUGGUGACGAACAUCAGAAAAUACUGCUUGAUGAUCUACUUGAAAAAGCCGAAGAAGGUGAUCUCUUGGUAAAUCCAGAUCAGCCCAGAUCAACUGUUCCAAUAGCUCAGAUUGCUCCAGACCUGAUCCUGGCUGAUUUGCCUAGAAAUAUCAUGUUGAACAAUGAUGAACUGCAGUUUGAACAAAUUCCAGAAUUUCUUCUAGGUGAUGGUGGAUUUGGAUCUGUGUACCGUGCAUCUUAUGGUGGAGAAGAAGUAGCUGUAAAGAUUUUUAACAAGCACACAUCUCUUAGGCUUCUAAGACAAGAACUUGCGGUGCUUUGCCAUCUUCAUCAUCCUAGUUUAGUAUUUUUGCUGGCUGCAGCAGUGCGUCCACGGAUGCUUGUCAUGGAACUGGCCACCAAGGGGUCUUUAGAUCGAUUGCUGCAACAAGACAAUGCAACUCUAACUAGAACACUCCAGCACAGAAUAGCGCUACAUGUAGCUGAUGGUUUAAGGUAUCUGCAUUCAGCCAUGAUCAUCUAUCGUGAUUUAAAACCCCACAACGUGCUGCUCUUUACACUGUAUCCCAAUUCAGCUGUCAUUGCAAAAAUUGCUGAUUAUGGUAUUGCCCAGUAUUGUUGCAGAAUGGGUAUAAAAACUUCAGAGGGAACACCAGGAUUUAGAGCACCAGAAGUCGCAAAAGGAAAUGUUAUUUACAAUCAGCAAGCUGAUGUUUAUUCAUUUGGCUUGCUCCUGUAUGACAUUUUAACAGCUGGUAGGAGAAUAUUAGAAGGCAUGAAAUUUCCUAAUGAAUUUGAUGAAUUAGCUAUCCAUGGAAAAUUGCCAGAUCCUGUCAAAGAGCAUGGCUGCACUCCCUGGCCAGAAGUUGAAGAUUUAAUUAAGAAGUGUUUGAAAGAAAAUCCUCAGGAAAGGCCUACAUCUGCUCAGGUGUAUGAUAUUUUGACUUCUGCAAAACUUGUUUGCUUGAUGAGAUACAUUUCAGUACCAUGCACCUCUGCAUCAGAAUGCAUGGUUGCUACAAAUCAAAGUUGUAAGAAGACAGGAGUCUGGUUAGGUACCGGUAACACAGAAGGAGCACAACUCUCAUUCAUUGAUUUAAAUACAGAUGGACAUACCUGUCAGGAUCUUGCAGACACUAGAAUAUUGUGCUUAGCUUUGGUGACUCUUCCUGCAGAAAAGGAAAACUGGAUUGCAGCAGGAACACAAUCUGGCUUGUUGUGGGCUUUUCACACACAAGAUGAGACGCGCAGGCACCAACUCCAGAAGAUGACAGAUUCUGUCACAUGUCUUUACUGCAGCUUUUCUGCAAAGCAAAACAAGCAGAAGAAUUUCUUUUUAGUUGGUACAGCUGAUGGACAGCUAGCAGUUUUUGAAGACAGAGCAGUAAGGUGCAAAGGAGCUGCACCCUUGAAGGUCUUACCACUUGGGAACAUCAGCACUCCACUUAUGUGUUUAAGUGACUCUAAUUAUUCAUCUGAAAAAAAUUGCAUCUGGGGAGGCUGUGGGACAAAGAUUGUAUCAUUGUCCACUGAUUUCUCUGUCCAAAAACUAAUUGAGACAAAGAAAAGCCAAAUAUUAUGGCACAAGGAUUACAGUGAUGCCAAUAUUAUUUCAAUAGCAGUAGACAAAUCCAUCUACGUGGCAAAGAAGAAUAGCUAUUUUGUGGAAAUAUGGGAUAAAAAGACGGAGAAAAUGUAUGAACUAAUCGACUGUGUUCAUUUUCUAAAAAAGGAGGUACCAAAGCUAAAUCAUGAAUCUAUACAAAAACUUGCAUAUCCUGGAAGAGUGAAGAGCCUCUGCCUGCAAAAGAACACAGCCCUCUGGAUAGGCACUGGGGGAGGGCACAUUUUAUUGCUUGACCUCUCCACACGUCUGCCCAUAAGAAUCAUAAGUGAUUUCUGUGAUUCUGUUAGACUCAUGUUGACAGCCCAGCUAGGUACUCUCAGAAAUGUUGUUUUGGUGCUGGGCUACUGCCAUAAAAGUCAGAAUGAAGACAACAAAUAUGCUAAAGGAAUACAAUCGUGUGUGUCUGUAUGGGAUAUUAAUCUGCCACACGAAGUGCAAAACCUAAGAAAACAUAUUGAGGUUCGACAAGAGCUUGCAGAAAAAAUGAAGAUGUUUUCUUUGGAUUGACCAGGAAUAUGGCAAGGCAUCAUUUUAACAAGCCAGAUACUUAUUUCAAAGGAGGCUUCUCUUCUAGCACAAUUGAAAUGGGCAGCAGAAAUUCUUGUAAAAAUGAACACCCUUUUUGAUUUCAAAAUAUAUCAAAAAAGUGUAAAGUACUGCAAGAAUUUUCCAGUGCCACAAAUUAGAGGUGGAAAAAACCCCCAAAUUGCAAUAUUGAAGCUUGAACGCAUUUCAUAGGUGUCUGAUGUCAGUUAUAGCACUCCAGGUUUAGAACUGCACUGUCUCAUUUUGUAUACUGUAUGGAUAUAUGUAUAUAUAAUUUGCAUAUAUAUUGUCUGCUUUGUAAUUUUUGAAGUGUUAUUGUGAUCGUAAUAAAAAUACAUUCUAGAGCUGUACAGCUGUUUAAAUGCAGGAAGUCAAAGAAGUCAGGUCUCCCUUCCCCCCUUUUUUUUGGCAAAAAUUACUAACAUCUGUGUACAGUAUUCAUUUGGAUAUAUGAAAACAGCAUUCUGCAUCCUAUUGUAAAUAGGGUACUUAAUACCAUUAUGUUUGUUUGCUGUUUCUGCAGUUUUUAUUCAAUCAAAUAUAAACUACCAACAGUAUAUCAUGGUAUAUAAAUUACUUUCACAAAAACUUUUCCUCAGUAAGUACUGUUUUAAGCGCUUUAGAUGUUUGUGAAGACAAUCAAUGCUUGGUCACCAGUGACCUGACUUUCCAUUGCAUUCAAUAGCAUAUCACUACUGGGAUGCUCUUUUCCCUUUCCUACAUUUUCAGCUGUCAAACCUCUAUUUAAUCUUCAUGCUCACAGAAGAGGAGAAGAGUUGUAAUGUACUCUUAUCACACAUAUGUUUGUACCAUAUGCCUCUUCUGUGCAAGAACCUAGAAUUACAAGGAGAAUCAUCCCCUUUGAUUUCAGUGCUAUUGUUUGAAGAAUGUCCUGUACAAUGGAAGAGCCUGUCUCGCUGAAUAAUGAUUUACUGUGGGAAUGCCAAAGAAGAGCCAUGUAUGUUUUUGCUUAACAUAAUGGCUGUAUGGUUAUAGUUUCAUGAUAGCAAAGUUCUGCUUUAACACAUUCUUUUUGCUCUGCUGCAACUGUUCUAUUUAUAUGGGAAUUUAUAAUUUAAAAACUACAUGGCUGUUAUGUAAGAAAAAUAAACUUUUUUAUAUCUUUCACACAAA